UCGACUCUGUGCAAGAACCUCUGUGCAGAGCUGCACAAACGGCACACGCACGCACCAAAGUAAACAGACUGGAAAGCAGAAAUUACCCACUGCACGCACAUCAACGGCACAGGACGUCCAAUAGAUUCACAUCCAAAGACUAACAGUGCCUGCUGGGAUUGCUAUGGUCUGACUGGAGUAGCAGCAGGCUGAAGACUCAGGAGGUAAACUCGUUUUUGAACAGACCAACAAAACAGACAGAAGACAUAAAGAGUCAAAAAUAAGAGCAAAUAAAGUCUAAAUCUACAGCCUCAUGGCCACCAACAACACCGCUAGCAUUGCCCAGGCUCGCAAACUGGUGGAGCAGCUCAAGAUGGAGGCCAAUAUAGACAGAAUAAAGGUCUCAAAAGCAGCAGCAGAUCUGACAUCAUAUUGUGAAGCCCACGCUAAAGAAGAUCCACUGCUGUCUCCUGUGCCUGCAUCUGAGAAUCCAUUCAGGGAGAAAAAGUUCUUCUGUGCCAUCCUGUAACCGGUGCUGCCCAGCCAUGGACUCACCUGCUCCCUCUGGGAUAAACUCGUGGACAAAAAACAUGUUGAUCUUUUACAAGGGCUGAAGAAGUGCAGAGGAGAACCUUUAAAUUCUCCCGGUUCUCUAUGAGCCCUGAUUGUGCCACUGGCUCCACCGUGUGGCAUUGAGUUUCAAAGUUCAACAUGGUCACAAGAAUCUGUUGAAAUUGAGGAGGGAGAGCAGCAAAGAAGUGACUGUCAUUGUAGCAGAUCAGCCAGGAUGUGUUGUGAAAUUAUUAAAGUAUUCAAAGGUUUCUGUGGUUCUGAUAAGAUAUUCGAAUAAUUUGCUUUAUUGAAUUUUAAUGGGGCGUGAUCGAUAAUCUGAUCACCCAUUUUUAAAACACGUUGAUAAUUAAAGUGAUUGUGUUAUUUCUUUAUUUUAUUUUUAACAAUUUCUUUUUCAGAUACAAUUGCUUUAAGAUUACAAUUUAGGUAGCCGUCUGUAGCCAAUUGUGGGUACAGGAAAACCUUUUUUUUAUUUAAAGAAUGAUAGUUUAGUGAACUUUUAUAAUAAAUGAAGCUUAGACAAAUAUUCUUCAAAGAAAUACUAAAUUCUGAUUGUGCAGCUUAUUGUUUUCUUUUGUUUUUAAAAGCAUAAUUCAAUUUAUACUCUUUGUACAAAAAAUGUUAGCUAGUUUAACCGUGUUGUGCUAUAUGCUUCUAAUAUUUGUGGUGAUAACAAUAAUAACUGCAUGAAGCCUGACAA